UGUCCCGCGCGGACGGCACUCUGUUUUGUGUCUGCGACAGAAGUUUCCGCGGCGCCACGCUGUCAUUGAGGUGGUUGUUUUUCUUCCUGGGACCAGUAGUUUCAAAACAAGCGGCGAGAUGGAGGUCAGCGCCGAAGCCAGGAGGAUCAUGGUGGUCGCUUUGGGGAAACUGUACAGCUCCCGCACGCAGCGCGGCGGUCUCCGCCUGCACCGGAGCCUGCUCUUGACUCUGGUGAUGAAAUCCGCUCGGGACAUUUACCACGCGGCACAGACGACGGCGGAAAGCAUGGAGGAAGAGCAGCAGGAGCAGCAGCACUCCGAGGUUGAGAUGGCCGCAGAGGCGAGCGGCGUCCAAGAGCUCCAGGGUCCCUCCGCGUCUCUUCCUCACCUGGCCGCCGACGCGGACGCGCAGAGCGGCACGGGAAAGCAGGAGAACACCUGCCUGAGCGGGCCGCCGCACCACACGCGGAAAAGACGGGGCAAAGCUACCGCCGAGCCGGACUUCCUGCCCUGCAAGAAGGCGAAAAUGGAGUACGGGACUGCUCAACAGCUCCUCGUCAGCUCAGUUUUGGUGGACUACGCGAACUGUAGCAGUGAGCUGGGACCUUCUCCAAGCGCCGUGCCCCUACCGACAGUCAUAGCAGCGUGUUGAACGCGUCCAGAGAGGACUUCUGAAAGUUUCCACCCUCGGCCCCGUGGGAGCCACGGACGCCCAGCGCGGCGCUCCCGUCCCCGCGUCUGGGUUUCGGGGACCCGCCGGGGAAAGCGUGGCCCCGGGCAGCUUGGGCUUGUUCCCGUUGGGGCGCAGCGGUUCCCGUGAAUCACUCCAUACAGGCAGAACGCCUGAAAGCUACAAGGAUUUGGGACUAUUUCUGCCUUUCGUUGACUUACUUCCACAGAUAUGUGAACUCUGUUGCUGCCUCACACGGCAGACUCUGUGAUCUUUGUUAUUGUCUACAUGCUGACUUAACAUAGAAGACGUGAUCAAGUGUAACAUUCUCAUUGACAACUACCUCAGUAUUUAUUAAAACUUUUUUAUACUUGA